AUGAAUCCCUACGCGAACUGGCCUAAAGAUCCCUACGCAGACUCGUCUGUGGAACGACCACGGAACCGGAAACGGAAUCCUCUUGACCCACGUGAACCGUACAAAAGGACCUUUACACAAGCGCCCGUCACCAGACCGUUCCCGCCGACCGGGUCCCUAUACUACAGAUGGGGGGUCUUCAAUGGGCGCUUGAUGACCCCUAAGGAGCAGCGCUUCGAGCACUUCAUCAACGAUAUGCAAGCGAGACACGACGAAAUUAGCGAACUAAGAGAAUGGAGAAGGCUGAAAGAUAUCGAAGAGGAAGCUGUGUUGUUGUACCACGAACUCGGCAACGUAGUAGAAUACACCAGGCAGAUGAGCACUCGUGAUCAGAUGGACACGGAAUACCAAUGCCAGAGGAAAAGACAGAAGGCUGAAGAUCUUAACCCUUGGGCAACGGCACUGAAACAUGGACAGGAAAGACUCAGAGCAGAGGCAGAAGAGAGAGCAAGGGACCAGGAAAGGAUUAGAAGCAGUUUCAAAGCUCGUAUUCAGGCAAGUAGCUAUCCAGCGGCCAAUACAAAGAUCGCCACUAAUGCUGCAGGACCACAGCAAGCAAGCCAGCAAUCUGGGCUCACACCGCCAAAGCCAGAGAAAUGUGGCAAUACCAGCCAAGCCGUCCCUUCUACUGAAGCAGGCUCGUCAAGGCAGCAAGAGCAGAAGACACAGCUCAGCGCAGAAGAAGUUCGCCGUCAAUUCCAGGACGAAUUUCGAUUUCAGCUAGCAACUACAACGACACGACUAACGACGACAUCAAGUGUACGAUCAGUAUCACUCGAGACUGCUACUUCCGCACGAGGAACUCGUGCCAAGGAGCUCGAUGUAGCGAUGCCCACGGCAAGACAAGACUCUGUGAAAGCAGAACUUCCAGGAUACCAACCACCAAUGGGCAUAAUUCAAGUUACGCAUUUACCCAAGGGGAGCGUACUCGUAUCAAAGAGACCCGGUCUUCCCGAACUGCAUCUAGGGUGUCCAUCCGUGGCAGAGCAGAGUCCAACACUCAGCAUCGGCCAACCGUCUGACACUUCGCAAGAACACCCAAUCACAGGAUCAAUCGAGCAUCGCUCAACCAGCCCAUCCUCGCGACAGACCAGGAGCGAGGGAUCUACACCGCCCUCAUCAGUCCCCUCAUCACCGCCGAAAUCACCAAAGGAAGAAGUAGACAACAGCAGCGCUCUCCUAGAGCUCGAGUGGAAUGCCCAUGGCACGGUAAAGUCGACCAGUCGAUGGGAGAAAUUGAAGCCCUCCACGAGGAACAACCCGUUCCUGAACUCCCUCAUUCGCGAACAUAUUGAUCGUCAGAGGAUGAACAGCUGGGCUUUGAUGGAAGAAAGGAGCAAAAAUGAGCGCAGUCAGGGCACACCCAGCAGCAGGAGUGAAGGUAACAUUUGGGGUCCGGCGGGGUUGUCGGGAAGGUUUCUUGGUAACGGUGCGAUGGGACGUUGA